UACAUAGCCUUAAAGUAACCAAAAAUGAAAAAUGAGCCACACUAUAUUUCACCUUCGUCGUCUCACGGUUGACCGAUUCCGCGGGUAUAUGCACCAACAAAUUAUUACCGUUAAAUGACAACGUCCUGAGACGCACAGCUCCUGAAUCGAUUCACAUAUCAAUUUCGGUUACCGAAGUUUCGUAUAAAUGUUGAAGUAGACUUGGAUGGUAUCAUCAGUUUACUGCAAGCUUAUCCUUUCAGAACAUCAUCAGUUCAGUUCAACCGAUUCAAUAGCAUAGCGAAAUGAAGUUCUUCAUAGCAUUCCUGGCCCUGGCUUUUGCGGCUGCUGAAGCAGGAUACGCCCCGGCUGCGGUUCCAGUCGCUACUUCAGUUUGGCCAGCGUACGGCGGCGUGUAUGGAAAGAGUGCAGUUUCCGCUUGGCCUUAUGGUCAUGAUGGAUGGAACAACGCCGUCGGUUUGAACACCUGGAACAACGGCUGGAACAGCUGGAACGACGAUGGUCAUAGCUGGUACGGAUACCCCGGUUAUGCCGCUGGUGCCUCCUGGUCUCCUGCUAACUAUGGCCACAAGACUGUUGUAGUGGAGGCCAACUUGGGAAAGACGGCCUACCCAUACGGACUUCCGUGGGGAACGUACGGUGCUGGAGUUCAGGGAUGGACUGGCCAUCAUGGUGGUUAUCUGCCAACCGUUGUCCCAGUGUCCAAGCAGGUAGCUGCCACCCCCGGUUCGGUUCAUGUGGCUGCGGUUCCGGUUGGAGGCGAAAAGGUGGUUGUUGGCAAACAUUGGUAAAUGCGAGAAACGACUAAGGGUUAUAUUGGACUUUGUGAAUAAUAGAAAAGGAAUCCAGAAAUAUAUUGAAAUACUGUAAAUACGAAAUGCAUGUUUAAUUGAAUCCACACAUAUGAAACAUAUCUAAAUACAAAGCUACCCU